AUGGCCACAGGUCCACGGCAAAACUAUACAUUCUUCAAGCCAGGGCCUUCCUCAACAUUACAACUGGAUGGUGUGACACAGCCCUUAUCAACUGAACUGAAGGGAACAGUGACAAACCUGGGUCUACAGGGGCCUGGCCUGGGCCUGACAGGAAACAAUGACAAACCUCAGGGACUAACAGAAAACUCUAACUGGCCUAGAUCUACAGGAAACUGUGAUUGGCCUGGGUCUACAGGGAGCUGUGAUUUGCCUGGGUCUACAGGGAGCUGUGGUUGGCCUGGGUCUACAGGGAACUGUGAUUGGCCUGGGUCUCAGGGAGCUGUGAUUUGCCUGGGUCUACAGGGAACUGUGAUUGGCCGGGGUCUACAGGGAGCUGUGAUUUGCCUGGGUCUACAGGGAACUGUGAUUGGCCUGGGUCUACAGGGAACUGUGAUUGGCCUGGGUCUACAGGGAACUGUGAUUGGCCUGGGUCUACAAGGAGCUGUGAUUUGCCUGGGUCUACAGGGAAGUGUGAUUUGCCUGGGUCUACAGGGAAGUGUGAUUGGCCUGGGUCUACAGGGAACUGUGAUUGGCCUGGGUCUACAGGGAACUGUGAUUGGCCUGGGUCUACAGGGAACUGUGAUUGGCCUGGGUCUACAGGGAAGUGUGAUUUGCCUGGGUCUACAGGGAAGUGUGAUUAGCCUGGGUCUACAGGGAAGUGUGAUUGACCUGGGUCUACAGGGAACUGUGAUUGGCCUGGGUCUACAGGGAACUGGGAUUUGCCUGGGUCUACAGGGAACUGUGAUUAGCCUGGGUCUACAGGGAACUCACAGCGAUUGGUCUUUAUCUACAGGGAACUGUGAUUUGCCUGGGUCUACAGGGAAGUGUGAUUGGCCUUGGUCUACAGGGAGCUGUGAUUUGCCUGGGUCUACAGGGAACUGUGAUUCGCCUGGGUCUACAGGGAACUGUGAUUGGCCUGGGUCUACAGGGAACUCACAGCGAUUGGGAACUGUGAUUGGGCUGGGUCUACAGGGAAGUGUGAUUGGCCUGGGUCUACAGGGAACUGUGAUUGGGCUGGAUCUACGGGGAAGUGUGAUUAGCCUGGGUCUACAGGGAACUGUGAUUGGCCUGGGUCUACAGGGAACUGUGAUUGGCCUGGGUCUACAGGGAACUGUGAUUGGGCUGGAUCUACAGGGAACUGUGAUUGGCCUGGGUCUACAGGGAAGUGUGAUUGGCCUGGGUCUACAGGGAACUGUGAUUGGCCUGGAUCUACAGGAAACUGUGAUUGGUCUGGGUCUACAAGGAACUGUGACUAACCUGAAUCUACAGGAAAUUGUGAUUGGCCUGGGUCUACAAGGAACUGUGAUUGGCCUGGGUCUACAAAGAACUGUGAUUGGCCUGGGUCUACAGGGAAGUGUGAUUGGCCUGGGUCUACAAGGAACUGUGACUAUAUAUAUAACCUGA